GGCGGCCCAGGAAGAGGCAAAACAAGUCGACGCUCACGCUGAUUAAGGCUUACUUAAGUACUAUAUACAACUUAUUUCACUCGUCCAUAGAAGAAAUACUGCUCUUAGAAAGUCGUCCUAGGUUCGUCUUAUUAUUCAUCUUGCGAGGUAUCUUACUGUGACGACGUUCUUCUGUGAAGAAGGGCAAUAAGUGAGUAAUACCUUACUUUGACGUGCUUUCAAGGGCGUGAUGAGUAAUACAUAGGUUAAUAAGAUGCGCCUCAAGAUGAAUGUCGUUCUUAGGGUCUAAGCUGGGCAUGGAUCUGCAAGAACUACACCGAGUGGAAGCAGCACUAUGGCCACUGCUUCAGCACAUGAUGAUGCUUCUCCAACUAGCCCUUCACCUUCUCCUCUACCUUCUCCAAGUAGGCGAGAGAGAACUUCGAUUGCAGCAGAAAUUGAUGACAAGGCUGCUGGCUACCGGC